AUGCAGAUCAAUAUUGCCAGAUAUAGCAAUUUGAUCUCCCUGAAGGACACUGGGCAUAAUGAAGAGAGAGAGGAGAAGUUGCUUGAGAGGUGUCCUUUUGGCCAUGAGGGUACAAAGUUGGUCAGCAUACCUAUCACAAUUCUCAAUGUAACUGGUGCCAUCAUCACAUGGUACCUCCCAGAUGCCCUGACUGACACCACCCAGUUAAACUCACCAAUCUCAUGGAAUUUGUUGGAUCUGGAGGUAUCUGCAUCAUUGAAGGGUCCAUGCUCUGAGAAAAUCCUCAAAGUUAUUGCAAGGCCAGCAGCCAUCACAUCAGCAGCACUCAGGGUCAUGCAUCCUGAGCAGUACUGGGCAGGGAUCUAA